AUGAUACUGCGCCAAAAGUCGCUGUCGCCGUCGCUGUCGCAAACUCAACUGGAAGAUCAGUCUCAGCACAACCAAGCUUCGAACGAUGGAACCAAGUCCACCCCGAUUUUCCCCACACACUCCGAUAGCACAUCAAGCUUCUCAUGGCCUCCAAAGCCAUUCCUGUUACUCUUAGAUGAGGCCGACACACUAGUCUUUAUUGACCCUGCUCCAGAGUCUGUUCGAGCUGGACUCUCUCAAUCAACUUCAGUGGCGCCUCAUAACAUUCACAGCGAGAGGCUCUUAGCCACAGACUCUACAUAUUUCCGUCGACUGUUUACCCCUGCUUAUCAAGCCAAAGUCAGAAAACAACGAGGAAUGUCCGACAACCUGCCGGUUGGUAUCAAAUAUGUUUUGGACCUCACGCCCCCGUUACUGGACGAUGAAGCCCUCAUUCUUCUGACUGAGCUCUCAUGCCCCUCAAGUGUCCGUGAAUGGGCAUCAAAGAAGAAACUGUGGAACCUACCUCGCUCGUGCGUGGGAGGGUUUGACGAAACGGAAGCUGUAGCGUCAGGCUCGAAUCAAGAGACGCACCAAUUCGAAGAGUGCUGUGAUCACUGCUCAAUCGAACAUGGCUCCUCAGAAUCAUUUGAUGCAAUCGAUCCAAAAAUCAAAGACGUGAACAGCAAGCAACUGCCACUGGAAUACUCCUCCCAGCGUCAUCGCGAGGGCAUCGAGCAUAUCCUUCACGUUUUGAUGGGUCUCAACCCCACUCUAGACACACCCUGCAAGCUGUGGACCUUCUUCGGACUCGCUAAGUUCUUUGAUGUAGCCACUGUUCCUGCCGUCAGUGGUCAUAUCAUAUCGUGGUUCUACGAGCUCAACAACAUUCGGUUUAUGGAAGUUCAUCCCGAAGUGGUCUACCGAGUUGCCUGUGGUACCAAGUCUGCUCGACUUUGCCGCGAAGCAUUCGUUGCAUUGGUAGCAGAUGCAGCCCUACUCUAUCUCCUCCGAAUGACAGGCUUCACGCCUGUGAAGUGCAUGACGAAACUGACAAAGAAUCCUGCGUAUGAUGUUCUGGACGACUCUGAGCUACAGCGCAUUGAGUAUGCCAGCAAGAGCUUUGGGGAUUUUGUUUUGCGUUGUUUUUCAGGCUUGGCUGGUAGCAAAAUGGCCUGGCUACGACACGUUGUCCCGUUUCAGGCAUUGAAUCGCCAUCUUGCACUUCAUCCGGAAGAUGGUGGUAUCGUGAACCCGAUCAUCAACACAUUUAAGGAUUACAUUCGUGACCGCAUUUACGGAGCCUUCUUCAACGGGAGAGAUACAAACCGCGCUCUUCAUGCAGAUCCCAGCGGUGAAAAAUUUUCAGACCUAUAUUACCGAUAUCUCAGCAGAGAAUCUCCUGAUAACAAGUUUCUUCUUCAGCGCUUGAUCGGCAGAGACUUCUGGCAAUCGCUGAUAUGGCUGGAUCUAUCCGAAGAUUCGACAGCUCGUACAAACUCUCAUACUACCAUUGCAGCAAUCUGCGAUGGAUGCUUGGCUUUCGCCGGUGAUAAAGACGCAACUAUUCGCCACGUCUCUAAUGAUGAGAUUUUAGAAGCAUGCCUAGUCUUCAACCAACUUUCCCUGGAGAGACUGCAGCUUCGCUACACGCAGGAGUCAGAAGCUGUACGACUUGCAGGUGAAAGAAGAGUGAUGGAGAUGACAAUCAAUAUUCGCCAGGCGCAGCCAGACACCGAAGAGGGACCUCCUUCGUAUGAUGGUCCUGUCUGGAACCCAACCCCAGCUUCUGCACCAUCCCCGUUGGCUACAGUCACAGCUCCCAUACCCCCAAACAUCCCAGAUUACCUUUUCGAUAUCGAGGUCUUCAGGAGAGACGCCAGUGAGUUCAUAGGGCACUAUGCAAACGCGAUGCUGAAAUCGGAUUCAACCACCACCUCCGACAAGAUAACGGAUACUCUCAGCUGUCUUACCAACAACGAGUACCAAUAUCUUCCCCUAUGGGCAGAUGGCAAUGACGAUGGGACUGGUGGCGUAUUCUCCGACCUCGUCGUUCCCACAACGGAACCAUUUGAUUUUCCAGGACCCGGAGCAGAGAUGUACACAGGAAAUGCUACAUCCAGCGGCUCACUCAUCAAAGUGGACCAUCCUAGUCCCGCGAGUACCAUUCGCGCUGCAUCUCGCCAUGCAACCUACGAUCAUUGUUCUGAUAUGACUUCUUUCGACUCAUGUGCCCUCACCCAAGGGUCGGAAUGCCCCGAAUAUCCCACCGAGGUCCAGCCACUGACUCCUUUGAGGGGGUUUCAAUAUGGUCAAUUCGAAGCGUCUAUGGAUCUUGAACCGGCGAUGGAAGAUGAAUCUGAGACACAAACCGACUCUGCCUUGAUGGAUAUGGAACUAACAUCGACUGCAGAUCUACUGGGGGAUAUUGAGAUGGGCCACAUUGACCAAGACAUGGUUGACUUUGAAUUUCUUUGA